CAUUAGAAAAUAGGGCAGCAGAAUUGUUCUUGUGUUUUGGGCUCUGUAAAAAAAACAACCACGCAACCAAUAAAAUAGCACCAAUCUUUUUUAAUCUUUCCUUCCACCAACAAACAAAGUAUAGAUACAAAUUACUCGUAGUUGAUUUAUUCACAGCAAUGUACUAUUCAGAUCUUCAAGAUUAAAUUAUUCGAGAUAGGAAAGAUCUUUUAAAACAGAUUUGGAUAAUUGAUGUUUUGGAACUCAGUUGUGGUUCAGUUUCAGUUUAUCCUUGUUAGUAUUGAGUAUAAACGUGUAAUGUGUUACCUUUGAAUGAAGGAAGGUCAGGCGUGGCGUAUAGGCAUGAAAGACACACAAUUGCCUCCGCCUCACCAUCGUGCUCAAUCGAAGAAGCCAACAUGGAUUAUCAUAUUAGUUUCAUUUGUUUGCGUUUUCUUAGUUUUUGCUUAUGUGUAUCCACUUCAAAACUCAGAUGCAUGUUACAUCAUCUUGUCUUCUAGUUGUAAUACCUUUUCUAGUUGGCUCCCGCCCCCUACAAGAGAACUUAGUGAUGAUGAGGUUGCUUCUCGUGUAUUUAUCAAUGAUAUUUUAAACAUGCCAUCAACUGAACCGAAUUAUCCCAAGAUUGCUUUCAUGUUCAUGAGCAUUGGAUCAUUACCUUUUGAGAAUUUGUGGGACAAAUUCUUCGAGGGACAUGAAGGUAGAUUUUCCAUCUAUAUUCAUGCAUCCAGAGAAAAACCGGUCCAUUCUAGCCAUUACUUCAUAAACCGUGAAAUUCGCAGUGGCAAGGUAGAUUGGGGGAAAAUUUCAAUGGUUGAUGCGGAGAAACGACUUCUGGCAAAUGCAUUGAAAGAUCCCGACAAUCUCCGUUUUGUAUUACUUUCCGACAGCUGUGUACCAUUGCGUGAUUUCGACUAUGUGUACAAUUACCUUAUGCACACAAAUGUCAGCUUCAUUGACAGCUUUGAGGAUCCUGGUCCACAUGGUAGUGGCCGAUAUUCGGAGCAUAUGUUGCCUGAAGUAGAGAAGAAAUUCUUUAGAAAGGGUGCGCAGUGGUUCACAAUGAAACGACAACAUGCAAUCAUAGUUAUGGCAGAUAGUCUUUACUACACAAAAUUCAGGGAUUAUUGCAGGCCUGGUAUGGAUGGGCGCAAUUGCUAUGCCGAUGAACACUAUUUGCCUACCUUUUUCCAUAUGCUUGAUCCAAAUGGGAUCGCAAAUUGGUCAGUAACACAUGUUGAUUGGUCUGAAAGGAAAUGGCAUCCAAAAUCUUACAAAGCGCUAGACAUCUCAUACCAACUAAUCAAAAACAUAACGUCUAUCACCGAUAGUGUUCAUGUUACAAGUGAAGAAAAGAAGGAAACUAUGAUUAUGCCUUGUAUGUGGAACGGGAUCAACCGGCCUUGUUACUUAUUUGCACGAAAAUUUUUACCAGAGACCCUAGAGCGCAUGAUAAACCUAUUCACAAAUCAAACAAUGUUUUAAGCAUGAAAAUGACAUUGGGGAUGUUUAUUAGUGUGAUUAUUUUGGCUGGAUCAAACCCUUAAGCUUGAGAUCCAACCCAUUUUUUUAAGGUUCCCCUUUUCGAGAGAUCAGAAGGGUAGAACUAAUACUCGCCUAAACAUGACAUCGUUUCAUGUUCACGUCCACGUUGGGACUCAUACUAGUUGGUACCGAGAAGAGAGGUUGGAUACCGAUGUUUCUCGAGUAUAAUGAUUUUGUUUUUUUUAGUGCUAAUUCUAUGUUGUAUUUGAUUGUGAGAGUAAGAUGUAAAAGGCAUUAUUGCAGUGGCUUAAUUUUUGUAAAAGUUUAAACAAUGAGUUGCAAUAUAGGGACAGGUUUUUUUUGUAACUUGAACAGUAUUGUAAUUAUUUUAAUAACAAAAUUCAGGGCUGCAAUUUUGGUUGGUUCAA